GUGUGGCGGUUAACAGGUCUUACAGUUUUCAGAAUGCCUUCAGAUGAAUUCUUGAGGUUUCAAAGCAAACGGUUACUAGACCAGCUGAAGGAAAAACAGGAAACAUUGGGAAAAGCUAUCUCAUUGGCACAUAAUGGUGGACUCACAGCACAGAACGAUGUCCUGACCUUGAGUGAUUUAGGUUCAGGGAGUGGAAAUGUAACAAAAGCUAAAAAAUCAUUGAGUUCAAAAGUAGGCAGUGUUAAUACAAAAUUUUUAAGCAAGCAUAUUGAGAAUUCAGACUCGAGGGAAGUAAAAGGCCAGGGCAUAAAAAAAUUAUCGCAAGGGGUGAUAACACUUGAUGAUUCCUUGCACAGAGACACUGAAGCCUUUGAUCCAUAUAAAGAUCUUUGUCAGACUGAUGGUUUGAACAGUAGAAUAACCUGCACCACCCCGGUGAAAAAAGGAGGUGGGGCCACGGAUAGGAUUAUGACCCCAACUUCUGUGAGGAGAGGCCGAGAGAUCAUUGACCGCAAUGUGAGAGUGGAGACAGUAAAAAAUCACAGAGAGAGCAAUCAUGUUACAUCCGUAUUAUCCACAGAAAGAACUGCAACUCACCGCCCCUAUAAUGUGAUUGGCAGGGACUCAGACCUGCCCAGGACAGAAUCAACCAAUCACAGUCAGGUCACAGGAGACCAAGGCGUGUCACAUGAUCAUCGUCAGUAUUCAGAAGAGGACAGCUAUUACUACAAGAAGUUAACAGAUGGUGGAAAUGACAGGAAAAAGGUCAACUUUAUUAAAGAGGCGACACUGAAACCCAAAUCCAUUCUGAACAGUGCAGGUCCUUACCGUGCAAAGAAGCGAAAUGGAUCUCUCAGCCGAGUCAGUUUUAAUGACACCUCACAAUGUGGACGCACUUCACCCAGCUUCCUAGAGGACAAAACAUCCAGACAGUUGCUGGGUUAUGAUUGGAUAGCUGGCUUGAUCGACAAUGACCCAAGCAUUAUUGACCAAUCAGAAGCUUUCUUUGAGGAGUUGCGAGAUUUUCGACGUGUGAACAAAGAAGAGUGCGAGAACAAAGCUUAUAUGGAGGGUCCACUGAGUAUUAUAAGAGCCAGAGAGCCGUCAGUGGUACAGGAAGCUUUGAAAGCUAAAGUGAAGCCCUACACUGUGAAUGACAGGUUGUUCACUGUUCCUGUAAAGAACGACUUGUUAGCCAGCUAUGUAGGCGAGCCAACUGAGGACACGGUAGAGAACAAGGAACCGUCUUACGAUGCUCCCAGAUUUGUCAGGGUCAGUAUACCUCGCUCAACAUUGGGGUCCCCUCACCGCUUCAAACCUCACCGACGACGCAGCUUUGACGCCACAGAUUCCAUGGCGCUCAGAGAGCAUUGCCUGUUAGGAUGGGAAAGUUCUCGACCAGCUAUGCUGCCCACUGCCUCAAACAUUGCCUUGAAGGAUGCUAGCAGAGGCAUCAAAACCAACAUUGCCACUACCCUUGAGGAGGCAGAGAAGGUAGCAUCCAGCUUUUUCUGGCCCAACAGUGGCUCUUCCAGCACAGAGCACACUGACCGCCGUGUCAUCAAGGACUCCCUGUUUCAGCAACGCUAUAAUUCUUUGCUCGAGGGCCUCCAAUCCAGGGGAAGUUGCACUGACAUUCCAACAGCUUCCAUGCCAGACACAAGUGUAUCAAAAGGAGGAGGCAGUAUUCAGUUUUCCUACAGCCUGCCUAAAAGCAGCAAGCCGUCCACAAGUUUGAGCAAAUCCUCUGACAACCUCCUGAACUCGACCUACUCACUGAUAUAUGAGAUGGAGAGGCUUAAACAAGAGGCUGAUGCACGCUUAAAUGUUCCAGCUCUGUGAAAGUGUUCCGCUCAUCUUAACCACAUUUACCACUGUACGUGUCUCGCUGAAAGUCUCACAGGGCACUUAGUAAUUACAAAAUCACAGAGUGUUUACUUACAGCUUGUACAAGACGAGCUUGUAAAAUUUGCUUUAGCAGAUUAUAGAUCAGAGCCUGGAGAUGUUGAUUUCAAAAUGUGUUUACUAAUUAAAUUGUUUUUAAUCAAGGACAUGAAAGUUGUGGCUUAACGAAACUCAGGCACCAAAUGUUAAUGUUAUUUUUCAGCAAAAAAUUAUGUCAGUUGAGAGACAAAGUGAAAAAAA